AUGCAACGAAACUGGUUGUUAUAUCCAGUUAUCGUAUCCUUCAUUGUCUCAGCUAUCACUUAUCCCAAAGGCGCUGGUCAGUUUCUUUCGGGACAGCACAAGUUUUCACAAACGCUACGAAUGUUUCUGGCGAACUGCACGUGGUCGAUGGGUGUUGAGCACAGAAAUGCUUGUCCACCGGAAUUCUUCGAAGAAUGGACGAUUGUUAGUGGCCAAAGCGUCCUCUACACCUUACUAGCGUUCACCGUCACAUUUUUUGUACUGUCGAUGCUGUCGUCAACGCUUCCGAUUCCUGCUGGCAUUUUCAUGCCCGUGUUCGUGAUCGGCGCUUCGUUCGGUCGUCUGAUGGGCGAGUCGAUGGUCAUGCUGUUCCCUGACGGGAUACGAUCGAACCACUCAGUGGACAUCUAUCCAGGGGUGUACGCAGUUGUAGGUAAUUUAUGGUAA